AUGCUCAAAAAGUUGCUUCCGCUGGACUCACUUCUGUACACGGAAGACCCAAAACCAAGUGCAGGGUUUAAUUCUCAGUUCGAUCCCACUAGCUUUGAAGAAUUCUCGGAAAACAUCGAAGGGAACAACACAAUUUCAUCUGAUAUGUUAACAGAAGAACUCUUCUUCUCAAAUUACUCCUCUUCACAUGUGGCUGCCCAAAACAAUGAUAGUGUCAGUUCCAACGAGAGAUGCCAAAUGAGAACAUUGAAGAAGAGAAACACUGUGACAAAGGACAAGUUGGAGAUGGUUGAGAUCAAAAAGUUCUUUGAUCGACCGAUCAAAAAUGCGGCUAAAGAACUGAACGUUGGACUUACGGUACUGAAGAAGCGUUGCAGAGAACUUGGGAUUCAUCGGUGGCCUCACCGGAAGCUCAAGAGUCUUAACUCUCUCAUUGGUAAUCUAAAGGGUGUUGGGAUGGAGGAAGAAGUGAAGAAUUUGGAAGAACAUAGGAUUCUUAUAAAGCAAGAACCUGAUGCUGAGCUAACUGAUGCAAGAAGCUGA